UAAAACGCUUAUUGCGAGCUGAAAUAUGUAUAAGGGAAGAAAGUCAAAACUAACACCGACCUCUUAGAAAAACAUGGCAAACCUCGCAAAUUUUACUGCUGGUGAGCUGGCUAAUGUUGGAUCACAGUUAACCAAUGAUGCAUCAAAGUACAUCAACAAUCCAGAUCUGGAAUUGAAAUGGGCUAUGAAGUCAUACCACCAUGCCGAAACAUAUUUCAAUCUUAUAAGCUCUGUCGAUCCCACAGCCCUGAAGUUAACACAGAUAGAUGAUGAGAUUUAUACAGAGUUUAGAAAAGAGUUUCCUGACCUUAAAAUAGAUGUUAUACAAGAGGAAGACCUCAAGAGUCCAGAGGCAAAAGAGAAAUGGCGGCCAUUUAUCAAUUCUUUUGAAAAGAAAGUAGAAGAUUUUAACUAUGGUACAUUACUAAGGUUAGAUUGUACUAAGGACUAUACGGAAGAGAACAGCAUUCUGGUGGUUCGGCUCCAGUUCCUGGCAAUAGAGAUAGCAAGAAACCGUGAAGGAUAUAAUUCAUCAUUACGAUUCAACAAGAAAGACAACUCUGAACAGAAGACGUAGCACAUGGCCCAUUUGUAUGUUGUUAUUAUAUCAAAGAGAGUCUAAGCCUUAACUGACUGUGGAUUAAAACUUCUACAGCUGAAUGCUAUAUGUACAUUAUAUUUCAUAUUGUUAAGAUUUACAAACAUAAUGUUGUAGAGUUAUGGAAUAUUGGAUCAAGAUGAUAUCCAAAUGGAAAGUACAUUAUAUAUAUACACUGUGUGUUUAUAUUGCAAAUACAGUGUAUAUGUACACUGUGUGUUUAUUUUGUGAAUACAGUCUAUAUAUACACUAUGUGUUUAUAUUGCAAAUGCAUUUUAACAUCUGAAAAAAUUCUUUAGAAGACAGUUUUCGUUUGCUUUAUAUUGUUUCAUGCAGGGAAAUGUAGGAAAAGGGGUGGGGGCAAUGUGUUUCAUAAACUUCUUAUUUUUAAAAUGCCUUUUAAAAUGUUUUAAUUUUUUUUUACAUGAUGCAAAGUAAUCAGUAAAUUACUAUAAAAUUGCAAUUGUUCUUCUUGUU